AUGUCAAGGCGACGCGCAGUCAUGUGCACGGAGGUGGAAUGAGAUGAGGUGACAGUUCUAGCUUUUCGCUCUAGUCUUUUGCCAAUAAAAUUAGAAUAUUGUCCAGGAGCCGUCGGACACUGACAGAUCUCUAUCUCUGUUAAGUUAUAGCUGGGAGCAGAAGGUUGUUUCCAUCAUAAACUGUCGGCGAAGAAAGCUGAGCUUGUGAUCAUGACGGAGGUAGCAAAGGAGGUGUUCGGAGUUGCACCCGAACAGGGUUCCGUAGAGAAGUGGACUUUGAGCACGGAGAGUGUCCGGGUGGAGGUCAUCUCUCUGGGUUGUAUCAUAACGGCAAUUAAGACUCCCGAUCGGCACGGCCACUUUGCGGAUGUGGUACUUGGUUUUGAUGAUUUAGGAAGUUACUUGUCAAACCCACGCUACUUUGGUGCUGUAGUGGGCCGGGUUGCAAACCGGAUUGCCAAAGGUCGCUUCACCAUAGACGGUCAGAAAUACAAACUUGCUUUGAAUAAUGGGCCGAACGCUUCGCAUGGGGGCUUACGAGGCUUUCACAAGGCAGUAUGGACGAGCGAAAUUGUGGAAAAUGGAGUCAAAUUCAGCCACUGCAGUCCUGAUGGGGACGAGGGUUACCCUGGAAACCUGCGUGUGUGUGUCACUUACUCCCUGGAAAAACACACUUUGAGUGUCCAUUACAGCGCUCACACAGACAAAACAACACCUCUCAACCUCACCAACCACUCUUACUUUAACCUGGGAGGACAGGGCAAAGCUGACAUUUAUGACCAUGAAGUGACUAUCUCAGCCCAGGCUUACCUACCAGUUGAUGACACAAUGAUCCCAACAGGAGAGGUUAAGUCAGUGGAAAACACGCCGUUUGACCUCAGAGCACCUGCUCUGAUUGGUUCCCGUUUGAAGGAACUUCCUGGUCCUGGAUUUGACCAUAACUUCUGUCUGUGGGAACCAGGGCAACCACACGAGGAGCGCUGGUGUGCCAGGGUGGUGCAUCCUGAGAGUGGGCGUGUCCUGGAGGUAAGCACCACCCAGCCAGGUGUUCAGUUCUACACCUCCAACUUCCUGGAUGGAACCCUGAGAGGAAAAGGUGGAGCCUCCUACCCCAAACACAGUGCCUUGUGUCUGGAGACCCAGAACUGGCCCGAUGCCGUCAACCAGCCACGGUUUCCUGACGUCUUGCUGAGGCCUGAAGAGAAGUACUCACACACCACUCGCUUCAAAUUUACAGUGGUCUAACACACACACACACACACACACACAAUUUCUCAAUCAUCUCAGAUUUACUAUACACACAUAAUUCUUAUUAAUAUGAGGAGGAAUAUUAUACCUGCUCCUUCAGUCAACUCUCAGGUGACACACACACACUACACUCAAAGACAAACGCACCUCACACUCAGAAAUACUGGAGGACCAAUCACACACAAACAUUCCAUUCUGUGCCAAUCAUGCACCUUUGAAGGUAUGAUCAUGAAAGUCUAAUAAAAGGAAAAAAAAAUCUGAAA